AUGGUGAAUAAAUCGAAAACUAACGGCGGUAAUGAUACAAUAACUAAUGGCAAAACACUUCCGUUACGAAUCAACAAGGGAACUUGCAGGAGCCGCAGAAAGAAGAGUGUAGUUUCAUCCAUAAAAUGCAAAAAUUUUGGCCUUGCAAAACCAGCUGAUGACGAGGAACAGGUUUCUAAAAUACUAGAUAAGAUGAAUCAUCUGAAAAAAUUCAGUGCUGAUGAAGGUGAUGAUGAAAGUUUAUUUGUGCAAUGGAUAGAUGACAUUUCAAAUACUCUGUCUGGAUUAUGGUGUACCGGGACAUUCUUGAAGCUGCUAAUAAGCUCUGCAUUAUCCGGACGUGCAAAGAAAUGGUUUGACCUAACUACAGAGGGCAUCGAUGACCAUUUGAUGAAGACUUAUACUUUGGAAAAUUUUCUUGCCCUCCUUUCAGGGGAAUUUGAUGGAGCAAGAUUUUUAAGAAGAGAAAGAUUUUCCGAACUAUUGAAUCUGCCUAUUGAUUCUGAAACGUCAUUGGAAAAAUUUGCCAAUAUAUCGGGACUGCUAACUCCCUAUUAUUUGUCCUCCAGUGCUACGUUGGAUUUGCUUCUAACCAAGUUGGGGCCAUGCUUACAAAAGCAAUUAAAGUCAUCUGCAUUCCCUAUGACUUUGGAUGUAGCUUUAUUGAUGGCUGCCUGUGAAUUUGCGAAGGGAGCGUCUAUAGAAAGAAACGACAUAAAUGACAAUAUUAUAAGUUCUGGUGCUACCUCCUCGAAGAAAAAGAAGAGUACCUUCAAGGACAGCAAGAAAUAUAAGGCCAAAACUACAAAAGGAACUACCGAUAUCGACUUUGAAAAGGAUGUUAGAAAGGGAUAUAAUAAUGAAAUGGAACCACAGAUACCGAGUUGUAAACGUCGGAAACAAAGUGAACACUGUACGCAGCUCUCUCUUGCCAUGACCAAAAAUGCAGAGACACUGCCUUCGGAGAAUGCCUUAGCCAAUACAUACGCACCAAGAAAAGUCCGAAGCAGUUCCAACAAUUCACUGGAUUCCUUUGCACCUCUGAAAAGCAAUAAACAUCAAAGCUAUGUUGUGAACGCAAUAGCAACAUUGGAUAGCGACAGAACAUUUACAAGCACGACCAGUACUGCGCUAGCGGAUGAUAAAUCUGAAUAUACAAGAGAUAAAACUAUUUUCUAUGAUAAACCUACAGAUGAACCUUCGUUGUCUUCGAGUGGUGGUAACUACGCUGCAAGAAGAGAUACUCUGCACUCGAUGACUUCAACACCCUUUAAAGACAGCGUCCAAGUGCCGAAUCCGAGGUUGAAGGACAUUUCUGGUGGCGAUGUAUCCAAUCGACACACCACUAGACCGUACCAAGCAAUGCAUAUUUUUUCGCGUUCAGCACUUGUCGUAAACGACCAAACAGUAAAAAAAACCCAGUUUAUUAAAAGUAAUCAGAUUGAAGAUAUUAUUAAUUCUAAUCCUUUUACUUCAAAUAAAAAUGAAAAAAAAGUGAAAGCAUUAAAAGGUCUCGAGACACCAAUAGCAUCAGUGCAAGUGAAUGAACUAAGUUGUUUCGUGGAUCUCGAAAAGCCGAGAAGUGCUAAUAUAGAAAACAAAAGGUCUGAGUUAUUAACGCAAAAAUUCUAUCCACUCCAUAAUUUUGCCGUGCGUACAAGAAAUGCACAGUUUAGUGAACGUCCUUCGAAUUAUACAUCGGCGCAUGGAAUUAAGGGUAACAUUCGCCCGUUGUCUACAAAUAUACAAAAAAUACAAUCUUUCUCAAGGUCUGGCAGCAGGAAAGCAGAUACUAAUACAGAAGUGAUUUCAUCUCAUAUGCUAGUUCAACAUAAAAGAUCCGUAAAUAGCGAAAACAGGGAAGGUAAUAGGACUUUCAAUGAUGUGACGAACCCUUUCCUUGCGAAUACGAUGAGUGGAAGAAAGCAGAGUAACUAUUAUAUGUGA